AUCAGCGAAACACACAACGCAGAGUUAAAGUUAGACGUACAAGACACAAUCUAUUUUUCUUCACUGAGAAAUCCCACACAUGCAUCCCAACGAUGGCGCACAUCUGGUGUAGCCCAGGACUUUACAGCCUGCUAGGACUCCUCUUCCUAAUGCUGAAGGGACGCUCCUCCUUCGCCCGGGUCAGCCAAGAAGAGCAGAUCCUGGUGUGGGAGGAUCUACGGGAGGAGGUGGAGCUGAUGAUCAAGUAUAAGACGUCUUGUUCGCAGAAGGACUCUCAGUGCUGGCACGACGGCAAGAAGCGGCCUGUGGACGAUGAGAUGAGGCCUGGGUCUAUCAAUAACUUCUUCAGGCUAUGUUACUGUGACAACGACUGCAUUCGUUAUGGCGACUGUUGCCUGGACAAAGCUGAAGCAGACUGGGGAGACGGCAGAGAGGAAGGGAGUGGGCGGUUCAGCUGCAGGAAGAUACACUCCUUGGAUUCACGAAUGCCACUUGGAAUCCUCAUGAUCGACAGCUGCUUACCAGCCUACCGCGGACUCCCUGUUGAGAGGAUGUGCCUACAGAACGUGACGAGAGAAGCUUACACGUUUAUCCUGGAUGUAGCCGUCACCUCCAGGGCUACCAACAUCACCUACGUAAAUUACUACUGCGCCUUUUGCAACAAUGACGCCUCAGACUUGCAUAAUUGGACUAUCAAUAUCAUCUGCAACACGCAAGAGAUCCUGAAGGAAUUCACGAUGGUCGAGUUCAUGAGCAAAGCGACCUACUACCCAGGACGCCGCGAGUGGAAGCGCUUUACUUAUAGGACGAAGGAGGAGGAGAUGAGGAAAAUCUACCAAGAGAUUCACACUUGCUCUUCCCAGAUUGACGAAUUUGACAGCGUAGAAGAGUUCGCUAGUCGAUUCGGCGGCCGACCGUGCAUCUACCCGGAGAAUGAAAUCACUGGCGACAAUUCGUAUCCAAAGUCGGUCGAGGGGCAAAUACGCCGUUGUCAUCCUGACUGGACUAAUCCCAUAGACUUCGAGAAAUGUCAAAGCUACUCUCUGAUGAUGACCUACGGAAGCACAAAAAACAUAGUGGCGUAUAAGAACCCUCACUGCGCCAGUUGUAACUUCGCCAAUGUCUCCCAAGGCCUCCUUCAGUGCCUCCAACCAAGAAAGAGAACUAGAUAUAACUUAAAAGGCAUAAAUAACGCCAUCCCACCCUGCUUCAGCGUCCUCAUGGACUUCCGGGGCGGCCGUUGCGUCGAGGCCACGGAGCUGUGGGAUCCGGUCCUCGAGAUCUGCCACAAGAUCCACUGCGGCCACCUGUUCAGGCUGGUGGCCGGCCGCUGCGAGAGGGACGUCGAGGCCUACGAGUCCCUCUCGAACUCGAGCCUCCUGGACAGUUCGUGCCCCAAGAGGCUCCUCAACCUGACGGAGUAUGUGCCCCGAGGCGACGGCUCCAUCUUCGUCAACGCCUCCAAGAAGGUCUACGCCAAGGGGGAGUUCGAGGCCAGGAAUGACACGCAUGUCCUCAUCUGCCACGACGUGAGCCACUAUGCCGAGGCCUUCGGCGCCGUCCACCAGUACCUGACGCUGGUCGUGCUGAGCGUCUCCCUCGUGGCCCUGGCGCUGCACAUAGCCAUCUACAUGCUCGUCCCGCGACACAGGAACCUGCCGGGGAAGAACCUGUUCUCCCUCUCGUGCUGCCUCUUCGUCGCCCACGUCCUGUUUCUGACGGGGACGAGGGAGACGGGCGUGCACGGCCUGUGCGUGUUCCUGUCGUGCAGCCUCCACUACUUCUGGCUCGCCUCCUUCUGCUGGAUGAACGUGAUGAGCGUGGACGUGUGUCGCACCUUCAGCAGCCAGCUCUACCGCGGCGACUCCGACGGCGGCAGGACCUACCUCCUCUACUCGCUCUACGCCUGGACGGUCCCCGCGCUCGUGGUGUCGCUGGCGCUGCUGCUGGACUGGGUCGACCUCCUGCCGGACUACCGGCCGGAGUACGCGACGCGGCUCUGUUGGAUCAACAACCGCCACGGCCUGGCGCUCUUCUUCCUCCUGCCGGUGGGCGCCAUCGUCCAGGAGAACCUCGUGCUCUUCCUCAUCUCGGCUUAUGGCAUCUGCAGGCAAAUGAAGGCAGCACGCUACGCCAACGUGAGGUCACAGAGCACAAAAGAAGGAACCGAAAAGAAAACGGAAGUCGGCUUUUCGGGCCAGGUGGCACAGACUCGCCAUGCCAAGAAGGAGCGUGUGAGACUUCUGCUCUAUGUGAAGCUUGGUGUCAUCCAGGGCCUCACGUGGCUCACCGGAUUCAUAGCGGCGUUCGCGGAUAUCCCCGCGUGCUGGUAUCCCUUCACGGUUCUCAACGGACUGCAGGGAGCCUUCAUCUUCAUCUUUUUCGACAUGAAGCGAAAGGCAAAGAUACUAUCUGUUUGUCUGGAUUUCAGUCAUCUUUGA